AUGUCGAAAGAAGAACACUCGCGGCACGAGAUCGUGAGCGUAGAUGCCACGCAUCACCAGGCCAUCGUGGCCGAGGGAACGGGAAAAACGGCCGCCAACGAAGGUGCCAAACAGAAGGAGGUGUACAACGCCGAACUCUACGCGGCAAUCCAGGAGUCCAAUAUCAAGAGAUGGAGCAAAUCGAGUCUGCAGUUGUACUGGUGCGUUUUUAUCUCGUUCUGCUGCGCUUGCGCCAACGGCUUCGACGGCUCUCUUAUGGGAUCCAUCACCGUGAUGCCUCACUUCAUGGCCACCAUGGGCAGCCAGAUUGACGGCUGGCAGGUGGCCGUGAUGACCUCCCUCUACUCGGUAGGAUCUAUCGUCACCACCCCCUUUGCUGCCGCCGUUAGUGACCGAUGGGGCCGUCGCAUGGGCAUGACCUGCGGUGCCGUGGGGAUUAUACUCGGUAGCAUCGUGGCGGCAAGCUCUCACAGCUUGGCCCAAGUGACCGUGGGCCGUGUCAUCCUCGGGUCGGGCAUUCAGUUCAUGACCGUCUCGGCGCCGGCAUACUCCAUGGAGAUUGCACCUCCCCAGUGGCGUGGUCGCUGCACUGGAUUUUACAACUGCGGCUGGUUUGGUGGCUCCAUCCCAGCGGCCCUGGUGACCUUUGGAUGCCAGUACAUUGACAGCAACUGGUCCUGGAGAAUCCCGUUCAUCUGCCAGUGCUUUGCAUGCCUGAUUGUCAUCAGUUCGGUGUACUUCAUCCCCGAAUCCCCCCGAUACCUUUUCGCGGUCGGCCGGGAGCAGGAGGCCAUUGACUUCUUGACAAAGUAUCACGGAAACGGCAACUCCCAAUCGCGCCUGGUGCAGUUGGAAGUGGAAGAAAUCCGCGACAGCAUUCACCAGGAGCUUCAGGACAAGACGAUUGCCUGGUGGGAUUACCGCUGUCUGGUUGACUCGCACCAGAGCCGCUGGCGCUCCCUGCAAGUGCUCAUGAUGGGGGUCUUCGGUCAGUUCUCCGGCAACGGUCUCGGGUACUUUAAUGCGAUGAUAUUCAGCGAGCUCGGCGUCGAGACCACCGCUCAGCAGCUCGGCUACAACGUGCUCAACUCGUGCCUGGGAGCCAUCGGUGCUGGAACCGCCGUGUCCCUGACGGACCGCAUGCCCCGUCGCAAGGUGCUGGUCUACGGAACCUUCGCCACGGCCUGCAUGCUGGCUAUCAACGGCGGUGCCAACCGCGCGUUCGGCAUGGACAACAGCAACAAGAGUGCCGGUCAGGCCGCGCUGGCCUUUUACUUCCUCUUCAACGUCGUCUACUCCUUCACCUACACCCCGCUGCAGGGCGUGGUCCCUGUCGAGGCGCUUGACAACACGCGCCGCGCCAAGGGAUUGGCCUUCUACGGCUUCCUGACCGGCUGUCUGGGCUUCGUCAACCAGUUCUGCACCCCCAUCGCGAACCGAACUAUCGGGCUGAAUUAUAUCUGGGUCUUUGUUGGUUGGGAUUGCGUCGAGGCGACGCUCUGGUAUUUCUUUGGCGUCGAGGCUCAAGGCCGUACUUUGGAAGAGCUCGAAUGGGUCUACACCCAGCCCAACCCUGUCGAGGCUUCUCAGCGCGUCGACCGAGUCGUGCAGCAAGCCGAUGGCACGGUUACCGAGAAGAUUGUCGAAAAUGAGUCCUGA